AUGCGCCAACAGGCCUCUGCAGCUAUCACGACAUUAACGAUUGGAGCGCCACGAGCAGAACGGCAAGCCACCAGGAAGGGCCGGCGAGCUACUGGAGAGCGGCCUGCUGGCCAGCCCCUACUAUAA